UUUUCUUUUCCCAACCAACCCUUUUUGUAAUCUCUUCUUCCCGGUUCUCCACCCAACCCGUUCAAAUUAAUGGGACUGGUUCUCGUGCUGUCCAGUGGGCUCAAUCUCGCUCUAGUCUGGGCCUCCUUCGUUUCCCAAAUCCAGCAUGUAUGGCAGACGAAAGACAGCCGGGGAAUCUCAUCAGCCUACCUGCUUUUCAACCUGCUCUGCGCCACUGAACACGUCUUCAUGAUCGGCCGCUUCAUGUCCCUCUUCUGGGCCCUGACAGACACCGCUCCGGUCUCAUUUUCCACCCUGGACUGGCUCAACCUUGCUCAAGUAUUGGUAGUUUGGGUCUGCCUGAACGUCUUUCCGACUGAUGAUAUGUCUCUUGUCCUCGAUGCGCGCGGCAGCUUCGCGUUGUGUCUCUACCACCGCCGGCGCCGAACCCCUCUACUUCUCACAGUCUACGCCCUAUUCCUGCUAGUUACUCUCCUCCCUCUCGGUCUGGACCUCACCACCGACAUCUUCUGCCCGCCGAACCGUUCCAAUUGCCUGCUGCCGGAGCGGGACCUCAUCACCUUCCUUCAGAUUGCUCACCAGAUUUUUGUGCUGCCCGUCGUCACUGUCAUUCUUCCUGUUCUGGGCUUCUACAAGCAGGCGCAACUACAGAGGCAGCAACGGCAACGGUCAGGAAGACAGCAGCAGCGACAUCUUUCAACGUCCACCCCGGAUGUUAGCCUCCUUCUCGCUCGGCCCCGCCUCUUCCAAUCAGCCUUCUUCGCUCUCUCGGCAUUUCUCUGGGUCUUCCGCUUCAACCACUGGUUGCAGCCACUCCCAUUCACCUCGGAUCCGCCGGUUGCGGCGUCGGCGGUGGCGGCAGCAGCAGCAGCAGCAGCAAGUGUAGACGAACAAACUCCGUUGUCUUCCCAGCGGCAGCAGCAGCUGCUGCUGCUGAUGCCCUCGCUAUCAGAAUCUUCUGAGUGGUGGAGGCUGUUCGGCUUCAUGGUCGUCGACGAUGCGAUUUUUGCAUUUGGGCAAGGCGCAUUGGGUUUUUGGAGUUUGCUAAUGGCACCGGCAGCGACACCGGCAGCGGCAUCAGAGGUGAGCCCACGGUGUGACGGCAGUGAUGACGCGGAGAGAAGACCAUUGUUGCUUGCGGACGAGGAACCUUUUACAUAUGUUGCCGAGAACUAA